AAGGUGUUCCAGAACCACUUUAGCGUUAAAACGCACUAUCAAAACGUACACCUGAAACUGAUGCACACGUGCACUGUAGAGGGUUGCAGCGCGUCGUUUCCGUCGAAGCGGAGUCGAGACCGACAUUCGGCCAAUCAGAACUUGCAUCGGAAAUUGCUGUCCAACAGCCGCGACCACACUCCGCCCAAUUCGCUAACGCACGUUUCAAAUAUGGGCCUGAGAACCGAGUUUUUCCCUGCUGACCCGGCUUUGGCGUUGGCUGCCGCCACAGCGUUCUACGGAUCGUUCAAACCGUCAGUACCUCAGAGCAUGCUCCCCGCUCUGCCUCCCGCUCUGCUUGCCCCCUUCCUGACCCGGCAGUUUGCAUCUUUUCAUCCUGAUCUCGUCAACGGACAUGAACCGAGAAUUUCACCGUCGGCAAAUCUCAUUUCCGUCAUGUCCCUGGACAACAGCACUGACGGUACCCUGAACCUGUCUACGAAGCUCAGGCAGCCGGGCAACAAGGCGAGUGCUGCCGGUGUUGAAGCCGGCGAGUGA